AUGGAAUCGCCUCAUUUUGUCCCUGCUCCUACUGACACUCAUCAGCGCGAGAGGUCACGAUCUCCUCGCAGACGUUCCAGAAGCCCCGAACGGACACACCGACGCCGGUCCUACUCCCCCCGCAGCCGAUCAGCCAGCCGGGACGAUUAUCGACGAAACCGUGAUCGCUCGCCCAUGACUAGCACAGGCGCCCCAGGCGGAGGACCAAGUGCAGGAUACAGUGGACAGGCUCCCCAUCGAUCAUACGAGGAACGAGCCGCAGCUCGAGAACAAAUGAUGAACAACAUUCGCGAAUCCUCCCAGCAGGACCGCCGAGUCUACGUCGGCAACCUUUCGUACGAUGUCAAGUGGCACCAUCUGAAGGACUUCAUGAGACAGGCUGGAGAGGUGCUCUUUGCCGACGUGCUAUUGCUUCCAAACGGAAUGUCGAAGGGAUGCGGAAUUGUGGAAUAUGCUACACGGGAGCAAGCCCAACAGGCUGUUGCCCAACUGAGCAACCAGAACCUCAUGGGUCGCCUAGUCUACGUGCGUGAAGACCGUGAGGCUGAGCCUCGGUUUAUCGGAGCAACUGGCGGCAACCGCGGCGGCUUCGGCGGUGGCAUGCCUGGCGGCGGCGGAUUCAACCCCGGAUACGGCGGCGGUGCGCCUGGCGGCGGCGGUCGUCAGAUCUACGUGGCCAACCUCCCCUUCAAUGUAGGCUGGCAAGAUCUCAAGGACCUCUUCCGACAAGCUGCCCGAAAUGGUGCCGUGAUUCGCGCCGACGUCCACAUUGGACCUGACGGUCGUCCCAAGGGAUCUGGCAUUGUUGUUUUCGAGAGCCCCGACGAUGCUCGCAACGCCAUUCAGCAAUUCAACGGCUACGACUGGCAGGGCCGAGUCCUUGAGGUUCGCGAGGACCGAUAUGCCGGCAGCGGUCCUGGCAUGGGCUUCGGCGGCCGCGGCGGCUAUGGCGGAAUGCGAGGUGGAUUUGGCGGAGGCUUUGGUGGCCGUGGAGGAUUUGGCGGGGGCCGUGGAGGCUUCGGCGGCGGCUUCGGCGGCCGAGGUGGCUUCGGUGGCGGCGCAGGCGGUCCCGGCUUUGAGCCCCCUGCCAGCUCCGUCCCUCCUAACCCCUUCACUGACUUCGCUACUACUGGUACUGAACGCAGUGAGACCAUCUAUGUCCGCAACCUACCCUGGUCGACUAGCAACGACGAUUUGGUUGAGCUCUUCACCACCAUCGGCAAGGUGGAGCAGGCCGAGAUCCAGUAUGAGCCCAGUGGCCGUUCCCGCGGCACUGGUGUUGUCCGCUUCGACACUGCCGAGACGGCCGAGACAGCCAUUGCCAAGUUCCAGGGCUACCAGUAUGGUGGCCGUCCCCUGAACCUCAGCUUCGUCAAGUACCUAAACCAGGGUGGUAACGAUGUCAUGGAUACGGACCCGCAUGGAGGCUUGACCCAGGAUCAGAUCAUGUAA